CUGCAGCAGCAGGAGGGGGAGGAGGGAAGGGCAGAGUGGAGCCCAGCGGGGGAGCGGAGCUUUCGCUGAAGCCUGCCCGGGUGCGCGCGCCUCGCUUUCCAGGAGCUGGGUAGCACAGCCUGCGGGGGGAUUUCUGUGCGGUGUCUCCUGUUUCAUGCACGCCCCCAGCCCUGCCCCCUGGGUGACUAGCGAGAUACGGGCCAUGAUGAAUUAACUCUCCUGUUUUCCUGUGGGGGCAGCGGCCGCCCCCGAGCAGCAAGCGACACCCCGGAGAGUCCUACUGCUCUGCUGCCUGCCGGUGCGUGCAAAGAGACGGGAGCAUGUGUGGCUGUCGAGGGGCAGAGAGCUAACCUCCGGAACCAGGAACGCGGCUGGGAUUUAACACGCUGCUGGAUCGGAUCCCAGAUGGCUAAUUCCCUGAAUGGCCGGAACCCAGGUGGCCGAGGAGGAAACCCCCGCAAAGGGCGUAUUCUGGGCAUCAUAGAUGCUAUUCAGGAUGUUGUGGGGCCCCCCAAGCAAGCAGCUGCUGACCGCAGAACUGUGGAGAAGACUUGGAAGCUAAUGGACAAAGUGGUCAGACUGUGCCAAAAUCCCAAACUUCAAUUGAAAAACAGCCCACCUUACAUACUUGACAUUUUACCAGACACUUAUCAACAUUUGCGACUUAUACUGGGCAACUGUGACGACAACCAGAAACUUGCACAACUCAGUGAGAAUGAAUAUUUUAAAAUCUACAUUGACAGUCUCAUGAAAAAAUCAAAACGGGCUAUAAGACUCUUUAAAGAAGGCAAGGAGCGAAUGUAUGAGGAACAGUCUCAGGACAGGCGAAACCUUACAAAGCUGUCCCUGAUCUUCAGCCACAUGCUGGCGGAAAUCAAAGCAAUAUUUCCUAAUGGCCAAUUCCAGGGUGACAACUUCCGUAUCACAAAAGCAGAUGCUGCAGAAUUCUGGAGAAAAUUUUUUGGAGACAAAACUAUAGUGCCAUGGAAAGUGUUCCGGCAGUGCCUUCAUGAGAUUCAUCAGAUAAGCUCUGGUUUGGAAGCAAUGGCUCUUAAGUCUACCAUUGACUUGACCUGCAAUGACUACAUUUCAAUUUUUGAAUUUGAUAUCUUCACUAGACUAUUUCAGCCUUGGGGUUCAAUCUUAAGGAACUGGAACUUCUUAGCUGUGACACACCCUGGGUAUAUGGCAUUCCUAACAUAUGAUGAAGUCAAAGCAAGGUUACAGAAAUACAGCACCAAACCUGGGAGCUACAUUUUCAGACUGAGUUGCACUCGACUGGGGCAGUGGGCCAUUGGAUACGUAACUGGUGAUGGAAACAUUUUGCAGACUAUACCUCACAAUAAGCCUUUAUUUCAAGCUCUAAUUGAUGGCAGCCGGGAGGGAUUCUAUCUGUACCCAGAUGGACGAAGUUAUAAUCCUGAUCUGACAGGAUUAUGUGAACCUACUCCACAUGAUCACAUAAAAGUUACACAGGAACAAUAUGAAUUGUACUGUGAAAUGGGUUCCACUUUCCAGCUGUGUAAAAUCUGUGCAGAGAAUGAUAAAGAUGUGAAGAUUGAGCCUUGUGGACAUCUCAUGUGCACUUCUUGUCUUACAGCAUGGCAGGAAUCUGAUGGUCAGGGCUGUCCUUUCUGCCGAUGUGAAAUCAAAGGAACUGAACCAAUAAUUGUAGACCCUUUUGAUCCAAGGGAUGAAAACUCCAGGUGCUGCAGUAUUAUAGAUAGUUUUAGUAUGCCCAUGCUAGACUUGGACGAUGAUGAUGACAGAGAAGAAUCUUUAAUGAUGAAUCGGUUGGCUUCAGUACGAAAGUGCAAUGAAAGACAGAAUUCACCAGUGACUUCUCCAGGGUCCUCUCCGCUUACACAGAGAAGAAAGCCACUUCCAGACCCCCUGCAAAUUCCCCAUCUUAGUCUCCCACCGGUGCCUCCUCGUCUGGAUCUCAUUCAGAAGGGGGUAGCACGGUCACCUUGUGUCAGCCCUACUGGCUCACCAAAGUCUUCUCCAUGUAUGGUGAGGAAACAGGAUAAACCCCUCCCUGCACCACCACCUCCCUUGCGAGAUCCUCCUCCGCCUCCACCUGAGAGACCCCCUCCUAUCCCGCCGGACAACAGGAUAAGUAGACAUUUGCAUCAUCCUGAAAGUGUGCCUUCCAGAGACCAGCCUGUGCCACUUGAAGCCUGGUGCCCCAGAGAUGUGUUUGGGACAAGUCCAUUAAUAGGAUGUCGAAUCCUAAAUGACAGUUCCCCCAAACCAGGACUCACUGCAAGUUCGAAUAUAAAUGGAAGGCACAACCGAAUGGGUUCUGACCCAGGAUUUAUGAGAAAACAUAGACGCCAUGAUUUGCCUUUAGAAGGUGCCAAGGUAUUUUCAAAUGGCCAUCUAGGAAAUGAAGAAUAUGAUAUCCCUCCUCGACUUUCUCCCCCUCUCACAGCUGCCUCCAUCCUCCCUAGUAUGAAGUGUGUCAUUCCUGUAACAAAUUCCCUUGCUGAGAAAUCAAGGGAACAUGUAGAAGAAGAUGAUGAGUACAAGAUUCCUUCAUCCCAUCCUGUAUCCCUGAGCUCCCAACCACCUCACUGUCAUAAUAUAAAACCUCAUAUUAGGGUGUGUGAGAAUGGUCAGUGUGCUGGUAUAAUGAAUGGAACACACAAUGCUGCUUCAGAGAUGAAGAAAUCCAAAACCCCGGAGUUAGGAGACGCCUUUGAUGCAUCCACUGCUCCAGUAUCUUUACCGCCUGCACGGCCUCCUACCAGAGACAACCCAAAACACAGCUCUUUGCUCAACAGGACGCCCUCCGAUUAUGAUCUUCUGGUGCCCCCUUUAGGCGAAGAUGCAUUUGACAACUCCCCACCAUCACUUCCUCCACCUCCACCUCCCGCUCGGCACAGCCUCACUGAGCAUUCCAAACCUCUGGGCUCAGGAAGCAGACCCUCUUCAGGACAUGAACUGUUCCUUCCUCCUUCGGAUCUCUUUUUUGAUCCGGCUACUAGUGUAAUUCCUUUGCCUCCUGCUCGAAGAGUAACAGUGGAAAAUGUCAAAACUAAUAGAACAUCCCAGGACUACGAUCCGCUUCCAUCCUCCUCAGAUGGUUCACAAGCACCAGCCCGACCCCCUAAACCACUUCCUCGCAGGACUGCACCAGAAAUCCACCACAGGAAAGCAUACAACUCUGACACCUCCUUGGAAAAUGUGGAUGCAAAAAUUGCAAAACUUAUGGGAGAGGGCUUUUCUUUUGAAGAAGUGAAGAGGGCACUUGAAAUAGCCCAGAAUAAUGUUGAUGUGGCUCGUAGUAUUUUAAGAGAAUUUGCCUGCUUUCCUCCACCAGUCUCCCCACGUCUCAAUCUAUAGCAGCGUGCAAGUCCCUGCAGCAGAUGAAUUCCAUGGGGGGGGG